ACACGUACCGUCGAACUUCCAAGGCACUUGUGGAGCUUCGACUGAUGCUCUUUUGUCCAACAUCAGGAGUUUUCAGCCAGUCAUUUCUAUUCAGCCAUGAUUCGAGCAACUUUACUUUUUCUUGUCUUGUUCUUGCUUGUCGCUCUUGGGGAUUCUUGCUGUCGAAGGCGUAGAGCACCACCUCCGAAAAGGCAUGGGGGAUGGGGUGGUUGGCAUCCAUCGAAACCUUCGUGUUGUAAGGGGCUUCACAGACAGGAAAGACACUGCAACAACCCUACACCAGCUUUUGGUGGAAGUCAAUGCCCAGGAGGACUCAAACAGGUGCGAUACCUGGAUUGUAACGAGUGUUCGUGUGGGAAUGGUGGCUGUCAACACAAAUGCUCCAACUACCGAGGUGGACACACUUGUAGCUGCUAUGGUGGAUACAGAAGAAAAGGCAGUCAAUGCAUUAGAAUUACAUGCUCCACAUCACACUGGGCAACACCGCAAAACGGCAGAAAGAUCGGUUGUGGCGAUGGGAGGAGGGUCAAUAUGGGUACGAGGUGUCGUGUGACGUGUAAUAAAGGCUAUAAGCUGAUUGGACACAGUUCUGCUACUUGUGGGUCCACUAGUAACUGGAUACCAAGUGCGUCUCCACAGUGUAAAGUCAUAACUUGUAGAAGUAUGAACCCCCCGGAACACGGUAGAGUCAGCCCUGCAGAAUGUACCGCCAAUCCGAGAAUAGGUACCACAUGCACCGUGACGUGUAACGAGGGAUACGCCCCAUAUGAUAUGUAUGGACUGUCUAACGACAAAACAAAGUGCAAUGGAUACUGGACCAAUGGAAACAAGAUAGUUUGUAAAGAUAUUCAAAAACCUGUUUUCACGAGCUGCCCUACCAAGCAAACCGUUGUUUAUGCUGACAAGAUGAAGAGUACUGCAACAGUAUCUUGGAAACCAAUUGAAGCUAAAGAUAACGAUGGCAAAGUCCCAGAAAUGACUGUCACCCCACAAAUCAUCCCAUCCAGUUCCACUGAUUACAAUUUCAAAGAAGGACACCAUUUCAUAACGUACRUCGCGAGAGAUAGAGCUGGAAAUACUGCAAAAUGUAGCUUUACCGUCAUCGUCAAAGUCAGACGAUGUCCUACCAUAAGAAGCCCACUGCAUGGUAAAACAUUAGGCGAAGGAUGCUCAAAUCUGGUGGGUUCCAAGUGCAUUUUUGAAUGCGAUGAAGGCUACAAUAUGACAGGAUCUGCAGAAAGAGAAUGUAUAAUAGAAGGGCAGUUCGAUACGAUAAGAUGGACAGAUGACACGACUAAAGAAAUAGAGAUCAACACAACAUUAGAGGCUGGCAGCAACACUACUCUGCUCAACUCAACGACAUCCUCGGCAGUCGGUGUGUCAAUAUCUACAGAAGCUCAAGGAAAUACAUCUAAAACAAAGUCGGUAGAACCAAAUUCUACAAGACCAGUAAGAGUCAACGCGUCAUCAGAAGUUGAUGCGUCGAGACCAAAAAGAAUCGUUGGAAGAAAACAGACCGGUGCCAUCACCACUAGAUGGACGGGAGUAGAAACGAAAUGUCGCCAGAUCACGUGUAAUGCACCUCCUGUUCCGGAGCACGUGGAAAAGGAAGUAAUACCCGGAUGUUUUGACGACAAUCCUCCUUACAAAACCAUUUGCAAGUUUGAAUGCGGGCCUGGAUAUGUAGCUAUCUCUGGCUCCAAGACUAGAAUGUGCAAAAAAGAUGGUUUGUGGAGUGGUGAAGAUUUGAAGUGUGAAAUUGUGAGAUGUCACACUCUGCCUKAGCCAUCUGAGGGACUUUAUGUGUCAAACAAGACCUUCGUUACCAAUGAAUCAGUGUAUCAAGACGAGUGUCAAUACGAAUGUAAGCACGGUUACUUACUGGCAGGCCCCGAUGCAAAGAAGUGUUCUGGGAAUGGAGAAUGGUCACCGAAUGCAAAUCCAUUUUGUAGAGAUAUUUCAAUGCCAUCUUUUGGUGCCACUUGUCCUUCUGAUAUCGAAAAAGUUGCUAAACGAGCUAAGAGAUCAACUAAAGUGAUGUGGGACUGCCCGUUAGCAAAAGACAACUCUGAUGAGGAACCAGUGGUCACACACAUUGGAAAGAAUCCAGGAGAUGAGUUCAACGAAGGAUACCACACCGUUCGGUACGAAGCAAGAGAUAAGGCUGGUAAUUCUGCCAGAUGUAUGUUCCAAGUUAACGUUAAAUUGAUCACGUGUGCGCAGCUCCUUGCACCACUCCGAGGCUCAAUGGAAUGCUCUAAUGAGAACAUCUAUGGGUCAGAAUGUAUUUUCCGUUGUAACAAGGGAUAUACCCUGAGUGGAUCCUCAAGAAGAACGUGCGAAAAGAAGGAAGAUGGAACAUCAGGGUACUGGAGCGGCAACCAUACAUACUGUGAAGUGAUCACGUGUCCCAUUUUGGACUACCCCGAGAAUGGUUUCAAGACAGGUUGUUUACAGCACACGUUUGGAGAAAAGUGUCUUUUCUAUUGCAACAUGGGAUUCGAAGCCGUGAGUGGAUCCAGCAGUCGAACUUGCAUGGAAAAUGGCAAAUGGACUGGAACACCUCUAGGUUGCAAAGCUAUAACUUGCCCAAGCCUUAAAUCCCCACCUCAUGGCAAAGUUGUCCCAGAUGAUCAAUGUGAAAACGACCCAGGAUUUAGAGUCACGUGUCAAUUCCUUUGUGACGAUGGCUAUCGACUAUCAGGAUCAAAUAUCAGGACUUGCCUCGCAAAGGGUGAAUGGAAUGACAACAGCAAUGUCUCCUGCCAAGACGUGGAGCGACCAAGGUUCACAAAGCGGUGUCCUUACAACAUUGAUGUAUUUGCGGAGAAGAACCAGAACUCAGCUCGCGUAUCCUUGCCAACGAUGGAAGCUACAGACAAUUCAGGCGAGGUGCCGACCAUUAAAGUAGAUGGCGCGAAAAUGGUAUACACCGCUGGACGGCAUCAAAUUAUAAUCACAGCUGCAGACUCAUCUGGAAACUUCGCGGUUUGUCGAUUCUUCGUUUAUGUGAAAAUUCUACGUUGCUAUYCACAUCCAUCCAGUAUAAUCAACGGUCAAGCCGUGGGUCCAUGUAACCAUACGUAUGGCUCAAUCUGUCGUUUCAAAUGCGAUGAUGGGUAUAACAUGACGGGCUCAAACGAGCGAACCUGCCAAGUGAAACCAGGACAAAUACAAGGAUACUGGAGUGGAACCAUGCCCUUCUGUAAAAUCAAAAGAUGCAAUCCUCUAAAGAUGCCCGCCAAAGGCUACGUAUAUCCUCCAGUGUGCUCGGCUAGUAAUGGACCUGUUGUGCAGACGACAUGCAAGUUUGGUUGCUACAAUGGAUUUGCACGCAGCUCUGGUAUAACCUCCAUUACCUGUGGUAAUAAUGGACGAUGGGAUCAGGAUGUAUCUACAAUCAUAACCUGUGAAGACAAAACACCACCGAUGUUUACAAAGUCUUGUCCUGCAAACAUCCGAGUCGUUCUGGCAAAAGAUGGUACCGCAACAGCCAAUUGGACGAUCCCUGUGGCCGAGGACAACACGCUUGUGCCCCCGAAGAUGACAGUAGAUCCAUCCAAUGCUAUUCCACCAUUCAAGGUAAAAAAGCCGACUGUUGUGACGUAUAGUGCUACAGAUGACGCUGGCAAUGUUGGAAAGUGCUCCUUUAAGAUAAUUGUCGAAGACAACAAAGGACCAGAGGUAGUGUACUGUCCAGAUGACUUUCAAGUGCUUGCCACGAAGAUGAGAGAACAGGUCAAAUGGAAAGAACCUGAAUUCAAAGACAACAGUAACGAUGAGAUAACAGUCAACUGUAACAGACAAAGCGGCGCAUCUUUUUACUGGGGAGUAUGGAAUAUACUGUGCAGGGCUUAUGAUAAGAAUCCUAAUAACAAACCUGGUAUCUGUAGCUUCAAGAUUACUGUCAAACCAAAGCCAUGUCCAGAACUUAAGCCUCCAGACAACGGAGCAAAAGCGUGUGAUUUAUGGAUGUUUGGUAGCUUCUGUACUCCCAUGUGCAACAGCAACUAUGACUUUGCUAGUAGGAUUAUUCAAACCAUGUGGGUUUGUGGAGCUAAGGGAAGCUGGUUUCCAAGCAACAAACUACCAGACUGUUCUAAGGUUUAUGUUCCCAAGAGUGCUAGGAAAGCCGGAAGUAUGCUGUUCUAUUUCGAUGGUGACUGUAACGAUCCAGCAGUACAGACACAAAUAAAGAAGCAGUUUAUAGAAAUUUUGAAGACCUCAGUAUUCAAAGAUGUUUGCAUUGACGAAGCGUUGAAGGAAAAGUGCAAUGCUACCAAUGUAGCCGUGGAAUGCGGAAAAAAGACACUGAGAAGAAAGAGAACAAUUGACGACUUCCUAAGCUUGGCAUUCAAAAGAACGCCUCGCGCUGCCUUGGAUUUGAAUGAAUUGAAAAUCACUUUUGAACUUUCUGUUACACUUCCCAGUGAGGCGAGUGUAGUGAACAAGACGAAGGAAGUGGUGAUAGAGGAAACUCAGAAUGCGACACACACAGUGGAUGAGAUGGUAGAUAAGGUGGGAAAGACAUUGGAUGACAUGGUAAUCAAGAUCAAUGAUCAAGUAAUCAAGCCAUUGAAUGAUUCUGUGGUCUUUGACGAAAGUAUGAAAUUUGAAUGUAGUUACGGCCAAACUUUUGUUGAUGACAAAUGUGUGGCUUGCACCUUGGGUACGUACCUUAACAAGACAACAGAAACAUGCGAGGAGUGUCGUAAAGGAUGGUACCAAGAACAAAAUGCACAGGAAUAUUGUAUCCGCUGUCCUGAUGGAAUGUCUACCGUUGAUACAAGGUCCAAGUACAAAACAGACUGUAUAGAAUAUUGUAAGCCAGGCUCGUACUCACCCACUGGUCUGGAGAAAUGCUCUCCUUGUGACAAGGGCUCUUAUCAAAGCAAGUCUGGUCAAGUCAAAUGUAUUCCUUGCACCGCUGGCAAAACGACGCAAUUCUCAGGAGCAGUACAUGCAAGUAGUUGUACAAGUCCUUGCAGUCCUGGAACAUACUCAACAACAGGCCUUGUGCCAUGCAUCAAAUGUGAUACACGAUCGUACCAGCCAAACAAGGAGGCAAAAUCCUGCAUUCCUUGUGAUGGAACAAAGAUAACGCUGAGCGAAGGAAGUGAUAGUUAUUCAGACUGCGUAGAAAUCAACGAGUGUGAUUCUGGCCCAUGUCAACAAGGCUCCACUUGUGUAGACCUGAUAGCCGACUACAGCUGUGUCUGCAAGCCAGGAUACACUGGAAAACAAUGCCAGAUAGAUAUCGACGAUUGUGAGUGUUCUCCCUGCCUGAACAAUGGUACUUGCCACGAUCUUGUGAACAGCUUCACUUGUAGUUGUACAACAGAUUUCAAAGGCGAUAUUUGCCAGACGGAGAUAGAGAGGUGUGAUGCCAAACCUUGUAAGAAUGGCGCAACAUGUCAGGAUUUGAUUGGUGGAUUUAAAUGUUACUGUCAGCCUGGUUACUAUGGAGAUACGUGUGACAAAGAGGUCGAUGAAUGUGAUUCAAACCCAUGUGCAAAUGGUGGGACGUGUUUUGAUAAGGUAAACGCUUUUAAAUGUGGGUGUAAGAAAGGUUAUACUGGAUCGACUUGUGAAGAAAAUAUCGAUGAGUGUGCUUCUAACCCAUGCCUUCAUGGCGCCGAAUGUAAAGACCUCGUGAAUGACUACAGCUGUUCCUGUUUGCCUGGGUUCACAGGAACUAACUGUGAACAGGAAAUCGACGAAUGUCAAUCAAAUCCUUGUUUGAACAAUGGAGCUUGCUUCAACACUCUUGGAAGCUUUUCUUGUGCCUGUGUGCCUGGAUAUAAUGGCAGUCUGUGUGAGCUCGAGGUUGAUGAAUGUCUCUAUCAGCCUUGUCUUAACGGCGCAACCUGCACGAAUUCUCCAGGAUCAUACUCAUGCGCAUGCCCAUCAGGCUUCCAUGGAGACAACUGUGAAAGUACUGUUGAUCAUUGCGCGUCACAGCCAUGUGCAAAUAAUGCAGACUGCAAAAACAGAAAUGGUACCUUUGAAUGUUUGUGUGCUCCUGGUUUUACUGGUGAAACAUGUGGCACAGAUAUCGAUGAAUGCUCGUCAAACCCUUGCACAAAUGGUGGCAUCUGCUACAAUGGAGUGAAUAGUUUCACUUGYAGCUGUCCAGAUGGGUACAACGGCAGCCGGUGUGAGGUUGAUAUCGAUGAAUGCGCUGGAAAUCCUUGUAAAAACCACGGUACUUGCCAGGAUGGAAAGAACAGAUAUACUUGUAACUGUGUUGCAGGCUACACAGGAGAAAACUGCGAGACAGACAUUGAUGACUGUUCUGUCAAUCCAUGCGAGAAUAACGGUAAAUGUAGAGACCUAGUUAAUGACUACGCGUGCGACUGCAUAGCGGGUUAUUCUGGUAAGAACUGCAGUGUCAAUAUCGAUGAUUGUGACAGUUAUCCAUGUUUGAAUAACGCGACUUGCGAGGAUUUGAUCAACGGCUAUCGCUGCUCCUGUGUUCCUGGAUUUACUGGGAAACAUUGUGAGAAGGAUAUUGACGAUUGCGAGGAACAUGGGUGUUUGAAUAACGCGACAUGCGUGGAUGCAGUCAACUCGUACCGCUGCAUCUGCCCACAAGAAUUCAAAGGAGAGUUUUGCGGGGUUCAAGUUGGUCCAUGCGAUUCUUUUCCCUGUCAUAAUGGCGGCGUAUGCACUUCUAAGAAUGAGGAUUACAACUGCAGCUGUUCUGCUGGGUUCACUGGUCGUUACUGUGAAACUAACAUUGAUGACUGUAAGCCCGUCAACCCGUGUAAGAACAAUGGUACCUGCACAGAUCUUGUUUCAAAUUACACCUGCAGCUGUCCCGAAGGCUUCUAUGGACGCCACUGUGAAAAUCUCAUUGAUCAUUGUUUGGACUCAAAUUGUACAAGUCAUGGAAAGUGCGUCAAUUCGCCUCUUGGAUUCAAGUGCAAGUGCAGUAAAGGGUACUAUGGAGAAUACUGUGAAUAUAAGAUCAAACCUUGUGAGUCAAAUCCUUGUCAGAAUGGUGGAAAAUGUACAGACAUCGAGGUCGAAUUCCACUGUACCUGUAAAGCAGGUUUUACGGGGAAAACCUGCAAGAUUGACAUUGACGAGUGUAAGGAAAACAAGUGCUUGAACAAGGGCACGUGUGUUGAUCAGGUUAAUGGUUAUUACUGUGUUUGUUGGGAUGGUUAUAAUGGGACAAACUGCGAACACAAGCUGUAUUCAUGUGCUGAUGAACCAUGUUUGAACAAUGGCACUUGUACAGAUGUUUUUGGUGGAUAUAAAUGUAACUGUAGUGAAAGGUUCGAUGGCCAACGCUGCCAGAAUGACAAAAGCCCUUGUAAAAUAAAGCCAUGCCGGAAUGGAGGAAAGUGCAUCGAACUUAACAUCACAUCAUUUAACUGUUCCUGCAGUGGUGGCUACAAGGGUCCCUUGUGUGACGUUGACAUCGAUGAGUGUGCUUCAGCCCCCUGUCCAUUACACUCCAACUGUGUAAACAAAGUGAAUAAUUACAGUUGUAUUUGCCACAAGUCCCACACGGGGAAAAACUGCGAAAUAGAAAUUAGCGACGACUUUGACGUCGAAUUCAAAGAAAAAUCCCAGUCAGACUUUGUUGAAUUUAGAGAAAACCAAUUCAAGGGUGCUCCAACACUUGAGGGCCUGACCAUAGCCCUCUGGGCCAAACCAAACUACYGCUUUCAGACAGGCACCAUCAUGACAUACCUGGUGCCAAAUAACAUCACUGAAAACAUCGAGGUAUCUUUUGCUGCGACUCUGAUCCGUGCUGUAGUGCGCGGUGACGUCAUCGAAGGAUCAGCCAAUAUUAUUGAUGGGAAGUGGCAUUUCAUUGGUAUUACUUGGAGUAAUCAACAAGGAUUACUUAAGAUGUAUGUUGAUGGGAUGCCUGUGUCUUUGCUUCAACGAACUACUCCUGGUCGACCACUAAAUGGCAGUGGAAGGUUCAUACUUGGUCAAAAGUUUUCCUGGGAGAGGAAUAGUUUUGUUAAGCCUGACUCGUUUGUUGGUGCUUUACAUCAAGUGAACGUGUGGAAAGAGCCAGCUGAUGCAGAGUAUAUGUGGAAUGCUGCUCACAAAUGCCACUGGCCUGUGGGAGGAAACGUUAAUUCGUGGGUUGGAUUCUUGCCUGGUGUUAGAGGAAAUACGAAGAAGAGGUUCCCGACCUCGUGUAAAGUUACUGAAGAAUGCACAACCAAUUGUACGCAUUACCAGUAUUGCUACAAAGCAAAAGAUGAGAUGGUUUGCGCAUGCGACAAAGGUUACACUGGAAAAAUCUGUGACAUCAACAUCGAUGACUGCGUGUCCAAUCCCUGUGUGCAUGGUAGAUGUGUUGAUGACGUAGCGACCUAUCGGUGCGAGUGCCAAACUGGUUACUAUGGUGAUCGAUGCCAGAAUGCUAUAAAAGUCAAUAUUAAAAAAUGCCCGGCUUUUGGCAACCUGACUAACGGUGAGGUCUAUGAAGUAUCCUACUCUGGAAAGAAACUGGCCUUCUUACAAUGCAACGAAAGAUUCACCUUAAGAGCAAAAGAUGUGGCGAGAUAUGAAUGUGGGCCCGAGACUGGCUGGAAGUGGAAUGGGUUUGAUAACAUCAAGCUUCCGCGCUGUCUCAGUAUCACGGAGCCCACAAAAGUCCGUCAUGUUUACAGAGUCGUAGUUCCUCUAGAUCCUUCAACUUGCAGGUCAAGACAAGAGUACACGAGUUUGAAGUCAAGUUUCGAGCAAGCCUUGUUAGAUACCAUCAAAGGCGUCCAGCAAUACAAAUGCUUUGAAGAAGGGGUUUGUAAGAUCGAGAAAAUCAACAUGCCAAACUGCGAACCUCGACAGUGGACCACAGUAAAUACUGAGAUGACAGUAUCGUUUGUCUUGCUGUACAGCGAAUGGGGAGGCAACACGUUCGAGGAGAACGCAGGUACAGUGGCGUAUCAAAUCAGUUAUGCCGUUUCUAUGGGAAAACUCGUGAUGUUAGUUCAUGGCAAAAAGGUCAAAGCGCGCGAAGCCUCGUUUAAAGUGACGGAAAUCCAGGUUGAAUGUAAGGAUGGCUACAUCACAAAUUAUGAGAAGAAACUAUGCGUCGCCUGUCCACUAGGAACACACUUCUACCGUUACUCCAAGGAAUGCAUCCCCUGUGCCAUCGGGUCCUACCAAGAUACCGAAGGGAGUACUGAGUGUAAGAAAUGUCGCGAUGGAUACACGACUAUUGGCGAGGGAUCGCAAGACGAGAAACAGUGCAUCAGAAUGAGAUUAAGUAGACGAAGAAUCCAGCGGGAUGAUGAUUAGACCAAUAUAUGCAGAUGAUCAUCAGUAUAUAGCCUAGACUAGGGAGCUAGCAAAUUUAGGUUUUUUUUAGCCCUCUAUAAACGCAAUGGCUGUCUCACGAACUAGUUAAUGCGAUCAUAACGUCGAAAUCCUAAAUCAAAAAGAAAGAGAAAGAAAAAGCGGCUUUAGGCUUUAUAUAUAUAUAUACCAAUCAACCAAGAAGCAGAUCGGGAUAUUGAAGUGAUUUGAUUGGAUAGCAAAUAGGAGUACUUUCACGUGACUGCUACCCUCGGUACCAGAGUACCUUGGCUCCACAGCCCGAGAAGUUGGAGGCCAGUGGCGAUAACAUUACAAAAGUCUAUCCACUCACGUGUGAUUAUAGUCACGUGACUGCCUGGACUUAAGAAAUACGACACGAGAUCGAGUAGGCCCGAUCUUGCUUACUGAUAAGAUAGAUUGCGAUUUAAACAAUAUUAUAUUUUUCCUUAUAUGCUACCAUGUACUAGCUGUUGCAAAUACGGCCUUAGACUAGUAAAACUAUGAUAGAAACUUUUA